UGUUUUUAACCAUAUGUUUUGUGUAUUCAUUAACUUUCAGUGAAUACAAACUAAAAGUUAAUAAAACAAAGACACCGUUAUGAAGUCACAUGUGUGCUGGGAAAUGGGACACACCCUCCUCCGUACAGCUGCUGUACAGGACACACUCCGUUUGAAGCCUCCACACACACACACACACACACACACACACCCGACCUCUUCGCCGCUCAUAUCACGGUUGCUCUGGGAUUUUCCAUGCCUCUGUACAUGUGGCGGAACAUGUCUGCAGUGGGUCUCAUGUUUAUCUCAUGAUUGGACACGUUGCUUUCCUGCUCGAUCACGUAUGGACGGCCAUGGGACAGAAGACAUUCACAGGCAUGCCCACUCGUUGGACUACAAGGCCCCGAACCAGUUCAGAAGGAUGGUCCUGUGCGUGAUGCCCGACAGCUGGCCCACUCUCGACUACUCCGACUACGGCUGCUACUGCGGACCGGGAGGCUCCGGCACACUCGUGGAUGAUCCGGAUAGGUGCUGCCAAGUGCAUGGCACGUGUUGCCAUCAAGCCAUGCAGCACCCCAAGUGCUGGCCCAUCCUGGACAAUCCUUACACCAACCUGUACCACUACAGCUGUGACAAGAAAAACAGGAAGGUCACUUGUGACCACAAAAACAACGAGUGUGAGAUGUUCAUCUGCGAGUGCGACAGGAAGGCCAUCGAGUGUUUUGGCAGAGCGCCUUGGCUCCCCGAGCACGAGCACCUGCCCAGCAACCGCUGUCAGUGAAGACCGUAUUACAAUAUAAAUCCAUGCUUCGGCACAAAAUGUAAUUCUUUUUUUGUUUUUGUUUUCACAAGUGACAGAUGAAUUUACUGAGGAUCCUUGAUGUAUUAGACCUGUAACCGUCCACCAUUCGCUCCGUGAGCUGAAUUACUUGCAUUGCUUUUGUA